CUAAAUUUAAAAUGAUAUCAUAAUGAACUAGUGUUAAAAGCUACAAACAGAUAUGGAAAUGAGUAAAUACAUAAAUAAAUACAUACAGUUCAUAGAGAGAUAGAUGUCUGCUGUCAACCCAUUGACAAGAUGGCAGCCAGUGAGCCAAAGGGCCAAAUCAAGAACCAGGCCAGAUUGCAGCCCCUGUCCAACCCAGAGCAGGCCCUGACUAAGACCUUCAAGCUGCUCCACUCUGCCUCUGAUGACUGGGAGAAGAAGAUUGAGGGCUUGACCUCUCUCCGUGUGAUGGCUCAGAACCACAUGGACAUACUGAUGCCUAAACUCCAUGAUAUCUGCCUUGCCAUUAUAAAUGAGGUGAAGAACCUGCGCUCUGCAUUGUCCUGUGCUGCCAUGGCCACACUGGGUGACAUGUACGUCCACCUCCAGAGGGCCAUGGACAGUGAGGUGGAGGGGACGGCACGCGUGCUGCUCCACAAAGCCAGCGAGGCCAACGCCUUCAUCCGGCAGGGCACCAACUUUGCCCUGGGUCACAUGGUGCAGAGCUGCACCCCUACCCGUGUCAUGAAUGCCCUGCUGGUCGGUGGGCUGAGGCAUCAUGGUCUCAAUAUCUUGAGCAACAUGGCCACCAAUGGCGACUUUCCUAAAAUGUGGGACAAAUUUGCUCUGAGGAAAGAGCGAGAAUCCUUGAGGGAGGUCAUCUCAAAGGUUAACCUCAAAGAAAGGAAUAUCUGAAUAAUCCCCAAUUUUACGAUAAAUUUGUAUCUAAAUAUUUGCACAUUUCCCAACUUGACUAUUAUCCCCUCCAGUCCCCAAACUCCAAUAUUUUCGCUCAUUCUAAGAAAUUUGACACCCUCCUCCAAACCCCGAUGUAAAUGCAUCUUUAAACUGCAUUGACUCCUUGUCCAAGUCCUGAAUCCACUAUAAGGCAAUAUGAACCACAUUCAAAGCACUAAAUUACCUUUCUUCGAAGCUCCUAUCUGACCUACCAGCUCAAUAGUGGUCUACUGAAACCAUACUCACCAUCUCAGGGGGUGCUCAGAUCUUCAACCACUGACCUCCACACCAUCCUCAAAACCAGCAGUCCUCUUUUGGAGGCAGAUUGGUCAGUGCUCCUGUAUGGCACCAACAUUGUGGAUUUUCAUCCAAUACUUCUGGACUAUGAGAACAUUCUUUGGACAAUAAAAUUAGGUAAAAUGGAAGCUGGCUAUAGUCUCAGUUUUAUCCUCCAAGACAGUGUGAGGAUGUGUAACAACAAUACCUGUGGUUUAACUUGAUGAUCAGGGCCAGAUUACCGAAUGGUCCCGACCUCCAGGGUAUAUCAUCAUAAGAUCCCAAACUAAAAGUAUAGUGGAUGUAUAUUAUAGUACUUGGACGUUUUACAAUUUGUGAGCUCGUUUCAUUAUUUGUAGCCAUGUUUUAUAUACAUUUGUGCUCAUUUUGUGGAAAUUCGUGAGCAUUUAAAAAAAUGUUGUGGGGUUGUUUUAUAUCAAUUUGCUUACUGGUGCUCUUCCAUGCCAUCCCUAGCAGGGGUGCGUCACUUGAGUGGGUUGAGUCACCGACGUGAUCUUCC